GUGUCCCAUCGUUAAACAUCUACUAAUCCACAAUGGGAAAGGAAAAGACUCAUAUCAACAUCGUUGUCAUUGGACACGUAGAUUCUGGAAAAUCCACAACAACUGGACAUCUUAUCUACAAAUGUGGUGGUAUCGAUAAGAGAACCAUCGAAAAAUUCGAGAAGGAAGCUGCUGAGAUGGGAAAAGGUUCCUUCAAGUAUGCCUGGGUUCUGGAUAAGCUGAAGGCCGAGCGUGAGCGUGGUAUUACCAUUGACAUUUCCCUGUGGAAAUUCGAGACCAGCAAAUACUAUGUUACCAUCAUUGAUGCUCCUGGUCACAGAGAUUUCAUCAAAAACAUGAUCACUGGUACCUCUCAGGCUGACUGUGCCGUCUUGAUCGUUGCUGCUGGUGUAGGAGAGUUUGAAGCUGGUAUCUCAAAGAAUGGACAAACCCGUGAGCAUGCUCUAUUGGCUUACACUCUUGGUGUAAAGCAGCUCAUUGUUGGUGUCAACAAAAUGGAUUCCACUGAGCCACCAUACAGCCAAAAGAGAUACGAGGAAAUUGUCAAGGAAGUCAGCACAUACAUCAAGAAGAUUGGUUACAACCCAGACACCGUUGCCUUUGUACCCAUUUCUGGCUGGAAUGGUGACAAUAUGCUUGAGCCCAGCUCCAAUAUGCCUUGGUUCAAGGGAUGGAAGAUCACCAGGAAGGAUGGAAAUGGCAGUGGAACUACUCUGCUUGAAGCUCUUGAUAGCAUUUUGCCACCAAGCCGUCCCACAGACAAACCCCUCCGUCUGCCACUUCAGGAUGUGUACAAGAUAGGUGGUAUUGGCACAGUACCUGUUGGUCGUGUGGAAACUGGAGUUCUUAAACCAGGAAUGGUGGUUACUUUUGCCCCAGUUAAUGUAACAACUGAAGUGAAGUCUGUAGAAAUGCAUCAUGAGGCUCUGACUGAGGCUUUUCCCGGUGACAACGUUGGUUUCAAUGUAAAGAACGUCUCCGUCAAGGACAUCCGUCGUGGCAAUGUUGCUGGUGACAGCAAAAAUGACCCUCCUCUUGAAGCUGGUGGAUUUACUGCACAGGUAAUCAUCCUUAACCACCCAGGUCAAAUUGGUGCUGGAUAUGCCCCUGUGUUGGAUUGUCACACAGCCCACAUUGCCUGCAAGUUCGCUGAGUUGAAGGAAAAGAUUGAUCGUCGUUCUGGUAAGAAACUGGAAGACUUACCCAAGUUCCUCAAGUCUGGUGAUGCAGCCAUCGUUGAAAUGGUUCCAGGCAAACCCAUGUGCGUUGAGAGCUUCUCUGACUAUCCUCCACUUGGUCGUUUUGCUGUGCGUGACAUGAGACAGACUGUUGCUGUUGGUGUCAUCAAGGCCGUUGAGAAGAAAGCAGCUGGAUCUGGCAAAGUCACAAAAUCAGCCCAGAAAGCACAGAAAACCAAAUGAAUCUUGCACAAAUCACAAACCACCUCAGUCUUAACCAGCGGUGGAAGAUUGGUCUCUGAACUGUUUGUACCAAUUGGCCAUUUAAGUUUAAUAGUAAAAGACUGGUUAAUGAUAACAAUGCAUCGUAAAAGCUUCAGAAGGAAAGGAAUGUUUGUGGACCAUUUUAUUUGUGGCAGUUUUUAAGUUAUUAGUGUUUUAAAUCAGUAACUUUUAAAUGGAAACAACUUGACCAAAAUCUGUCACCAAAUUUGAGACCAUUAAACAAAGUUAAUGAGAA